AUGGAAACGGUGAAAUAUUAUGCCAGAUUCAUAGAUCCUCACUGGACAAUUGUAGUGGCGACAGGAUUGUACACACAUCUUCGACAAAUUUGCAUAAUCGGGCUAUGUUUCGAGAAGGAAGAUAUUCUGCCUUUCGAUCCGUCAUAUGCUUCGGUACUUUUUGUUUUCUCGGUUUUAUGUUUGUUAGCGGAAUACAGAUUGUGGCCUGUAACUCUCAAAGAUCCACCGAUUCAGUUGCUAUAUAUUUAUGAAAUGUUGAUAGCUGCAUUGAGUACCAAUUUAGCAAUUCGUAUGGUAUGGAUACCAAUGAUGCACGUAAUUUUCUGUCUGACUCAAGAAUCUAGUAGAUGGUUAAUUUGGUUGAAUUCCACGAUGGGUCUGGAUACCUACUCUUGGUUAUAUUUAAUCGCGGAUUAUAUGGCUACAGAAAGCGCAGCGACGUAUAUGGCAUUUUGCAUGUCGUUAUUAUCCUUCGUAUGGAUGCUGGAUGCCACCGAGUCCCUGGAUACAUUUCUGGAUACGUGGAUCAAGUAG